AGCACAAGUCGCGGUUAGAAUUUCACCUACCAUUCUCCUUGCCUUGAUGCCUACGCGUAUACGUAGAUAGUAUCUUUCGUCCAUGCUGCUGGCCGUGUGUCUCUCCCUUCCUAAUCGAGAAAAAAAGCGAGGACAACGAUUCUACCUCGAAUAUAUAAGGUAUUUACAUAGCCCGACCUUCCACCCGGUUCUUGAGCGCUAGUUUUAUUGUCUCAUCUGUACCAUCAACCUCAACUCUCAACCUUGGUCGUCUUACUCCAUUGUCGCCGAAGAAACAUAUUCUUAUUUUAGUUCGAGGUGCUAGCUUUCUUCAUUACCUUACACAUACACGAGACCGUCUAUCCAAACAUCACCAUCAUCAUGCCGUCCUCUCAACAACAGACUUCGAGCACGCCAUGGCAAGACCGGCUGGCAGAGGUGUGCCGUGAAUAUCAAAUCCAAGCUCCUCACUUCCAAAUCGUUUCUGAUCGACGAGGUGGCCGUACUGCCUGGUCUAGUAUAGUUACCGUAUACGGCAAACGAAUCGAGGCGCGUUACUGGUAUGACGGAAGAAACAUCACCAACGCCAGAGAGGAUGCCGCGGAGGCGGCUUUAAACUGGCUCUCAACCCAAGCGAACCUAUCCACGAACUGGUAAAUCAGCUCUUUCCCGGCUAAACAUAGCGACCACGUAUUUUAUUCGGAUUCAUGGCCUUAAAAGUCGUCGACCGGCAUACGUAACGCCUUUUCCCGAUCUCCUUCCGCAUUUGCGCGAUUGAUUCACUUCAAUACCCCCUAUUUCCCCCGACGACCGUGUUUUCGCGACUAUGCCCUCCUCGCUUUGCACUUUGCACUUUUGAACUUCCU